AGAGUCACGUGACACAAGCGGCGAGAGAAGCAGCAAACGGCUCCGAGCCUCAUCAUCACCACCAUCAUCAUCAUCACUUCCACCGCCAGCAGCAGCAGCAGCAGCAGCACCGCGGCAGCGCAGACACCGAUACACCGGAGCGGAUUCACGGAGCCGGGGCCGAGCCAUGGCGGGCUCCCGCUAACAGCAGCUCCGCGGUUUCCCUCUUUGUUCUCCCUCCACGUCCCGUCGUCUCUUACGCGCCUCCGCUGAGGAGGGGCCGCCGAGGAGAAGCAGGAGGAAGAGGAGGAGGAGGAAGAGGAGGAGGCGGCAGGAGCAGCAGCUGCAGCAGCAGCGGUUUGAGGUGUUUUUGAGAGCGGAAUGGCGGACCGAGAGGCGUCGCCGAUACCGCUGGAGAUCCGAGCCCGACUGGCGGAGCUGGAGCUGGAGCUGUCAGAGGGGGACAUCACUCAGAAGGGUUAUGAGAAGAAGAGAUCCAAGCUGAUCAGGGCAUUUGUUCCUCAUGCUGGAGGUAUGGAAGGACCCAUGUCUCACCGGGUGGCACUCGGGCCUCCCUCCGCCGCCCGUUUCCACCGACGGAGAACCUCCGGCACCAGAGACGAGCGCUACAGAUCAGACGUCCACACCGAGGCCGUGCAGGCCGUGUUAGCCCGACACGUGGAGAGGAAGGUGGCCGUGCCCAUGCCUUCCAAAAGACGCUCGCUGGUGGUGCAGACGUCUAUGGACGCGUACACACCUCCAGGCCUGUCCCCCCUGUGCUCAGACUCGUCGUCGGGCUCGGACGAGGAGGCGGGGCCAGGGGACGACAUAUCCGGCAUGGAGCACUGGAUGAGCCGCCCCACCCAGCUGGGCCCCGCCCACCUGGGCUCCACCUCUUCCUCGUCCUCGUCGACUCAGAGCGGAGGCAGCGGCAACGCCGGGCGACUCGCUGACUCUCUGGCGCACACGCACCUGUCGCACCUGGCGCACACUCACCUGUCGCACACGCACCUGGGCCAGUCUCACCACCAGCAGAGCCACCUGUCGCAGUCUCACCAUGGUAUCGGUCACCUGUCCCUGAAGAGGAAGGGCGCGCUGAGCGUCGCCGAGAACGGAGGAUCUCUGCGGCGAUCCUGCGAGUUUGGCUCCGACAUGUUGUGGCCGCCACCGCUGGAGUCUGACGAGAAUCACUCGACUCCCCCGGAUGUGACCGGAUACUCAUCGGACUCGCCUCAUUCCCACACAGAGCGCCACCACAUGGCCAACAUGGGAACCAUCGCCAGGAACACGCAGAAGUACGGCAACGCCGAGCGCAUGGAGACGGGCGAUGGCGUCCCCGUCAGCAGUCGUGUGUCGGCAAAGAUCCAGCAGCUGGUGAACACACUGAAGCAGCCUCGCAGACCUCCUCUACGAGAGUUCUUUGUGGACGACUUUGAUGAGCUUCUGGAGGUCCAGCAGCCCGACCCCAACCAGCCUCGGCCAGAGGGGGCGGAGAUGAUGCCGGUGCGAGGCGAGGCGCUGGGCGUGGUCACGAACUGGCCACCCUCCCUGGAGGCUGCACUCCAACGUUGGGGCACCAUCUCCCCGAAAGCCCCGUGCCUCACCAGCCUGGACACGGCGGGGAAGCCGCUCUACGUCCUCACAUAUGGGAAGCUGUGGUCUCGCAGCAUCAAGCUCGCCUACAACAUCCUCCACAAACUGGGCAGCAAGCAGGAGCCCAUGGUGCGACCGGGGGAUCGGGUGGCGUUGGUGUUCCCUAACAAUGACCCUGUCGCCUUCAUGGUGGCCUUCUACGGCUGCCUGCUGGCAGAGGUGGUUCCUGUCCCGAUAGAGGUUCCCCUGAGCCGCAAGGACGCGGGCAGUCAGCAGAUUGGCUUCCUGUUGGGCAGCUGCGGCGUUACCGUGGCGAUGACCAGCGACGCCUGUCAUAAAGGUUUGCCCAAGAGCACGACAGGAGAAAUCCCUCAGUUCAAAGGUUGGCCUAAGCUGCUGUGGUUUGUCACAGAGUCGAAGCAUCUUUCCAAACCUCCCAGAGACUGGUUUCCUCACAUUAAAGACGCAAACAACGACACAGCGUACAUUGAGUAUAAAACCUGUAAGGACGGCAGUGUCCUGGGCGUCACGGUGACGAGGAUCGCUCUGCUCACACACUGUCAGGCUCUCACUCAGUCCUGCAGCUACACUGAGGCUGAAACCAUUGUGAAUGUUCUGGACUUUAAGAAAGACGUCGGUCUGUGGCACGGAAUCCUGACGAGUGUGAUGAACAUGAUGCAUGUGAUCAGUGUUCCCUACUCACUGAUGAAGGUCAACCCUCUGUCGUGGAUCCAGAAAGUCUGUCAGUAUAAAGCUAAAGUGUCCUGUGUAAAGUCCAGGGAUAUGCACUGGGCUCUGGUCGCCCACAAAGACCAGAAGGACAUCAACCUGAGCACGCUGAGGAUGCUGCUGGUGGCCGACGGCUCAAACCCCUGGUCGAUCUCCUCCUGCGACGCUUUCCUCAACGUCUUUCAGACCAAAGGUCUCAGAGCAGAGGUCAUCUGUCCCUGUGCCAGCUCACCUGAGGCUCUCACUGUGGCCAUCAGGAGACCGGUGGAGGACAGCAGUCAACCCCCGGGUCGAGGCGUUCUGUCCAUGCAGGGUCUGAGUUACAGUGUCGUCAGAGUCGACACCGAGGAGCGACUGUCGGUUCUGACCGUGCAGGACGUGGGCACUGUCACACCAGGAGGUCUGGUGUGUGUGGUGAAACCAGAGGGCGUCCCUCAGCUCUGUCAGACGGACGAGAUCGGAGAACUCUGCGUCUGCUCCAUCGCCACUGGCACGUCUUACUACGGCCUCACCGGCAUGACCAAGAACACGUUUGAGGUUUACCCAGUGAGCUCCAGCGGCGGGCUUGUCAGCGAGUACGCCUUCGUCAGGACCGGCCUGCUAGGCUUCGUGGGUCCCGGCGGCCUAGUCUUCAUCACGGGGAAGAUGGAUGGACUCAUCAUGGUGAGCGGGCGGCGGCACAACGCCGAUGACAUUGUCGCCACGGCCCUGGCGGUGGAGCCGAUGAAGUUUGUCUACAGAGGCAGGAUAGCAGUGUUCUCUGUGACGGUGCUGAGAGACGAGAGGAUUGUGGUCGUCGCCGAGCAGCGUCCCGACUCCACGGAGGAGGACAGCUUCCAGUGGAUGAGCCGCGUCCUGCAGGCCAUCGACAGCAUCCACGGCGUGGGCGUGUUCUGUCUGGCGCUGGUUCCGGCCAACACGCUGCCCAAGACUCCGCUGGGCGGCAUCCACCUGUCAGAGAUCAAGCAGCUGUACCUGGAGGGAGGUCUUCAUCCCUGCAACGUCCUCAUGUGUCCACACACCUGCGUCACCAACCUGCCCAAACCACGCCAGAAACAACCAGAGAUUGGCCCCGCCUCUGUGAUGGUGGGUAAUCUGGUGUCAGGGAAGAGGAUCGCUCAGGCCAGUGGCAGAGAUUUGGGACAAACCGACGACAACGACCAGUUCCUGUUCCUGUCAGAGGUUUUGCAGUGGAGAGCUCAGACCACACCAGACCACGUCCUCUACACACUGCUCAGCUCACGGGGGGCAGUGUCCAACUCUCUCACCUGUCUGCAGCUGCACAAGAGGGCGGAGCGAGUGGCCACUCUGCUGAUGGAGAGAGGCGGUCUACAGGAAGGAGACCACGUCGCUCUGGUUUACCCGCCAGGUAUCGACCUGAUCGCGGCGUUCUACGGCUCGCUGUACGCCGGUUGUGUUCCCAUCACGGUGCGACCGCCGCACCCUCAGAACAUCUCCACCACGCUGCCGACUGUCAAGAUGAUCGUCGAGGUGAGUCACUCCGCCUGUGUGAUGACCACCGCGGUCAUCUGUAAGCUGCUGCGCUCCAAGGAGGCCACGGCCACUGUGGACAUCAGGAACUGGCCUCCUGUUCUGGACACUGACGACCUGCCAAAGAAGAAACCUCCCUCUCUGUAUAAACCCACUAACCCUGAUGGUUUGGCGUACCUGGACUUCAGUGUGUCCACAACAGGGAUGUUGGCUGGAGUUCAGAUGUCCCAUAAUGCAGUUGGAGCGUUCUGCCGCUCAGUGAAGCUUCAGUGUGAGUUGUAUCCAUCCAGAGAAGUGGCCAUCUGUCUGGAUCCGUACUGUGGCCUUGGCUUUGUCCUCUGGUGUCUCUGCAGCGUGUACUCAGGUCAUCAGUCCAUCCUGAUCCCUCCGGUGGAGCUGGAGUCAAACCCGGCUCUGUGGCUGCUGGCCGUCAGCCAGCUCAAGGUGCGAGACACUUUCUGCUCCUACAGCGUCAUGGAGCUCUGCACCAAAGGACUGGGACUGCAGACCGAGGCGCUCAAGGCUCGGGGUCUGGAUCUGUCCCGGGUCCGGGCCUGCGUGGUGGUGGCGGAGGAGCGACCCCGGAUGUCGCUCACACUCUCCUUCUCCAAACUGUUCAAAGACCUCGGGCUCCACCCGCGAUCUGUGAGCACGGCGUUCGGCUGCAGAGUGAACCUGGCCAUCUGUCUGCAGGGAACUUCAGGACCGGACCCUACGACGGUGUACGUGGACAUGAGAGCGCUGCGUCACGACAGGGUGCGGUUGGUGGAGCGAGGUUCUCCUCACAGUCUGCCCUUAAUGGAGUCUGGCAAGAUCCUGCCUGGAGUCCGUAUCAUCAUUGCAAACCCGGAGACUAAAGGACCUCUGGGAGACUCUCACCUCGGAGAGAUCUGGGUUCACAGCGCUCACAACGGCAGCGGCUACUACAGCGGCUACGGCGAGGAGGUUCUUCAGUCCGACCACUUCAACUCCAGACUCAGUUUUGGAGACACACAGACGGUCUGGGCCAGGACGGGGUACCUGGGCUUCCUGCGCCGCACCGAGCUCACCGACGCUAACGGCGAGAGACACGACGCUCUGUUCGUGGUCGGAGCUCUGGAGGAGGCCAUGGAGCUGCGCGGGAUGAGAUAUCACCCCAUCGACAUCGAGACGUCCGUCAUACGAGCUCACAAGAGCAUCAUGGAGUGCGCCGUCUUCCCCUGGACCAACCUGCUGGUGGUGGUGGUGGAGCUGGAAGGCUCCGAGCAGGAGGCCCUGGACCUGGUUCCCAUGGUGACCAAGGCGGUGCUGGAGGAGCACUACCUGAUCGUGGGCGUGGUGGUGGUGACGGACAUCGGCGUCAUCCCCAUCAACUCGCGCGGCGAGAAGCAGCGCAUGCACCUGCGCGACGGCUUCCUGCAGGACCAGCUCGACCCCAUCUACGUGGCCUACAACAUGUAGCCUGACCCUGUGUGCGUGUGCGUGUGCGUGUGUUUGAGGGAGAGAGGGAGAGUGAGCAUGCGUUUGUAUGCCGUGCAUAAUCGCCGUUGUUGUUCCUUUUGUUUCCCCAAAAAUCGAGAUGUACUGUAUUUUUGAACCUGCUUCUUAUGGUGUGGUCUUAACUCGUCCGUUUCCUUUUAAAGUCGUGUCGUGCCGAGUGACUGACUGAUGAUUGAUUGAUUGAUUGAUGACCGUUUUUACUCGCCCCGCUCAGUCACCAGGAGUUCGUCACUGUCGAAGGUUGUCCGGGGAACAAAAACAAACAAACAAAAAACAAACAAACAAACAAACACUGUGUGGAAACGAAAACGCAGCGAAAGAAAGAGCAAAAAAAAAAAAAAAAAAGUCUGCGAAAUCAGAUUUUUGAUUUCAACGAGUAGAUUAUUGUAAAAAAAAUCUAUAUAAAUAUUGUACAUAGACAUAAUAAUCUAUAUGGAGAGGAAAGGAAAACUCAAAGAGGUGAAGUAGCCCCUAUAUGCAGCUCUCUCCACCCGCACCCUGUGUGUGUGUGUGUGUGUGUGUGUGUGUGUGUGUGUGUGUGUGUGUGUGUAUGAUCAUGUGACAGGGACUUUUAAUGUGAAAUUCACUGAUUUUUUAAUCUUCAGAUUAUUAAUAACAUUUUUAUAUCAGUUUUUUUUUCCUCUGGCUCUGAUAAUUAGUGCAAUCCGACAAGAUAAUGGAUUAUUUGGACUUUGUAAAGGGAAAAUACUUGAAAUGAACAGAUUUUAAUCCUUAAAAUGAUUGAUAAAAUUUUUUAUAUCAGUUUAAAACAGAAAAACAACAUGCAUCGCAGCAAAAUAACGGAAAAUGCAAGAAAUUAAAAUUGUGAAAUGUGAAAAUCAAAUUUUCAAACCCUGAACUUUGGCGGAAAUCAAAAAAUGAAUACACAAUUUACUGGAAAAAAAUGUCUAAAAACUCUAAUUUGUUCAUAUUUUACACAUUUUAUGAUUAACUUCACAAUAGCGUUACAUUUUCACCCCAAAAAGGGUUCAAAUAUUUAGUAUUUUGUUAUUUACUAUAGUAAUUAUGUCAAUUAUGAUUAUUUUCACCUAACUUUGAAUGACCUGCGUCCCCUAAAGUUCAGUUAAUUUAACAGAAAUAUGAUAAUAAAAUAAUAAUAACGGUUAAUUUUAUUUGAUUCCAUCAGAUUUUAAAAUCAGUCCCUAAAUCAUCCAAAGCAAAGUGCACUGUAUGCGUGCAUGUAUGUAUGGAUGUAUGUGUGUGUGUGUGUGUGUGUGUGUGUGUGUGUAGACAAAGACAGAUUAUUUAUGCUAUUUUAAGGAAAAAAGUCGUUGUCACUAACAUCGAGAGUGACGAUCGUAGCAUUAACGCUCAGAGAGGACGUUCAUCACCACCGGGGUUAAAAAAAAAAAAAGCUAAGCUAAAAUUAUAAUUUUAAAGUUGUUAUACAACUUUAUCUUAAAUUUAAUAUUUACAUGACUUCCACUGACUUCCACUGUUUUGGGGGCGAAGCUUUCACCAGACCAAUUGUUCGUAUUUUCUGAAAAAGCUUGCGAACAAAAAGGAAACAGAUAAACCGAUGUUAACAGUGUUACGAAAAACAUUUCUUCCGUUACCGAAAUGUGCUACAAAAAUACGUUAUUAAUUUUUUUUUGUUUUUUUUGUUUUUUUAAAAACCCAAAAAAAUUAUAACCACUGUUUAGGGGGUGGAGCUUUGACCAGAUCAAAAAGCUUACCAACGAGGAGGAAAUCGAUGAACUAAUGUCAGGAAAAACAAUGUUUACGUUACCAAAAUAUGCUACAAAUUUUUUUUACUAUGGGGGCGGAGCUUCAACCAGAGGACGUCUUAUGUUGUGAGCUUUCCACACUUACUGAGCCGAGCUUUCACGCUCACUUAUUCUCAGUGUUAUGUUUGUACGUGGAAAUGGGCGGAGCCGUCUGUCCAUACACAUACUUUGUGCUCAUUUUCGGAAAUAAAGAAAAAAAUAGAUUAACAAAUGCGACUUUCAGUGAUUUGGAGGCGGAGCUUUAACCGGAGAGGUGACAGGAGGAAGCGGGAUUUCAGCUAUUUUUAGCGAAUGUAGCGAAAUUCAGACGUUUCUGUUUUUUCUUUGACACAGAAAAAUUAAAUUUAGCCUAAAUUGCAAAAUUUUAGAUUUUACAAAAAAAAUCUAAAAUUUGGGGGAUUUUUGGGGACAGUUUUAACGAGUUGGUGGAGGCGUAGCUGCUUUAGCUAGCGUUUCAAAACUUACUGAGCCUAGUGUUAUUAAUAAUAAUAAUAAUUAUUAUAAUUAUUAUUAUUAUUAUUAUUGUUAUUAUUAUUUACUGAGGAAAAAGGUAAAAGUUUUUUAUGUUCUUUAUUUAAACCCUGGCAAGUGACAAACGUCCUCAGAGCUUUGGUUCAACAGCGUAAUCAGCGCGUAUGUGUGUGUGCUAAUGCUAACGCUAACAUUUUCUCAGAUGAUUUAAAUAAGAGUAAAUAAAUAAAAACUUAAAUAAAUUUAUGGACAUUCUUAUCAACAAGUCACUCGAUGUGCAGUUUAGUUAAUGUUAAAUAGGAGAAGAACUUUAUUUAGAGAACGUCACAAACAACGCAUCGUCUGUUUGUUUACAUGAUGACGUCAUCUCAGCGUCUGUUUUCUUUUUUUAUCAAAAGAAAAAUCUCGAUGCAUAUCAAAACUUUUUUUUUUAAGUUUGUAGGUAGCAGCUGUCCCUUUGCGUGUGUGUGUGUCAGAAAACUUGUGUGUGGAUGUUAGAGAGAGAGAGAGAGAGAGAGAGACUGCAUGGUGUGUGUGUGUAUUGUGUGUAAAUAGUGUUGAUUUUGUACGGUACAGGUGUGUGUGUGUGUGACUUGUUUUGUACAUGAUAAAAACAUGAGAUGACACAGUUUUAUAAGAGCCUGCUCUCGGCUCACGUCACUAUAACAGUGCAAUAAAGUGCUUUGAUUGGCUAAAAUGCU